AUGAAUUCCGACUCAAAUCCACCUACAUCAACACCAAGAUACCUCCCUCCGCACCGCCGAUCACCUACAUACCGCGGCCAUCCCUACCUUACGUACGACGACCUACAUAGAAGAUAUUCACCUCCCAACUCGCCGACACUCCACAUGCCACGGGUGCAGCGUUCUCUAUCUGCUGAGGACCUUUACCAUCGAUAUCGUGAGAUAUCAAGUCAACCGGAGGAGACGCGUAGCCAAAAUCCGCCUGGCAUCCCAGCUUCUUCUCCUUCACAGGAGAUACCAGGGCUGCGAGAGGAGACGCAGGGCCAAAACUCGGCUGGCAUCUCUGCCCUUCCACCCCCGUCCCCACCUCCACCUAAACCACGAGACUUUCAAGCACUGAGAGCAAAUCGACCAAUCUCGCCACAGCCAGUCAGACAGCCACUCAGCCCGAGGCUACCGGAUCCACCUAUCUUCACGGGCACUAAUUCAGUACCAUUUGAUGACUGGAAAAUGAGAAUCCAAGACAAGCUUACCCACAAUGGCGAUCAUUUCCUCACCGAUGCUUUCAAAAUUGCCUACGUUGUAGCGAGACUUGAAGGGAAGGCCAGUCACCAUAUGUCUACCAGACGACGAUAUCGCUCGUAUCCUAUAACCGACGUCCUCCUGGAUCAUCUAAGCAACAUAUACGAAGUACCGUUGUCCAUUAUUCGACAGACGCAUCAGCAGGGACUAGUCGAAAAGAAAGCAAAGAGGUUUGCAGAACAAUAUGCGAAAGCAAAGGCCGAGGCCGAUGCCAAAAAAGGGAAAUACUCGAUUGUAACCCGUCCUAACGUGAGCGAUAACGAGGAUUUAGAUAUCGAUGAGGCAUACGAACGAGGGUGUGAAAACUGGGCCAAUGCACAGAAGUAUGGCAAAUACUCCCGCUCUGACAUGGAUAUCGACGAAGCAUUCGAACUCAGUUGUCAAGGCUAUCUAUAA